CCACCAUGUUUUUAGAUAAAAAGUAAAUAUAGUUUUUUUCAAUAUAGUACACAAUGUCAAAAGACAUUGUUUUGAAUUAUUACAGCCUGUGAUAAGCAGCAACACGUGACAGAACCAUAUAGUGAAAAUAGCAUGUUUUUUCUUUAUAUGCUGCCAUCUGGUGGAGAGUAGUAAACAUGAUCACUUCCGAUGCAAUGCGCACAGCAGUGCCUAAGGUUUGGGAAAACUGCUCUGUUUACAUGGUCCUCUGGGUGUUCACUGUGAUUUUGUCAAUAAAGUUUAUUUCAUUUAUUUAAAUGAGCAUGGAAAGAAGACGGGAGAUUUCUCCUCCGGCUUCCACAUUUGCACUUUUGUUUGUCAACGAACGUUUGUGUUGAGGAAAAAUACACGCGUGUGUGUGUUUGUGUGGAGAAAAACACACGGAAUAUGGACGAAGUGAAGCAGCAGAAGCGUGGCACAACCAAGAAAAGAGAUGACUACCUGGAAGGCCCCGAAUAUUUCAUGGCUGUAGCUUUUCUGUCAGCCCAAAGGAGCAAAGACCCAAGCUCGCAGGUCGGAGCUUGUAUUGUGAAGGAGAAUAAGAUUGUCGGCAUUGGUUACAAUAGAAUGCCAAACGGUUGUGACGAUGACCUGCUGCCCUGGUCACGCUGCGCAGAAGACCGACUGGACACCAAAUAUCCAUACGUCUGCCACGCCGAGCUGAACGCCAUCAUGAACAAGAACAGCGCCGACGUGAAAGACUGCACCAUGUACGUGGCUCUGUUCCCCUGCAACGAGUGUGCCAAGCUCAUCAUCCAGGCCGGGAUCCGAGAGGUGAUUUAUCUUUCGGACAAGUACCACGACACGCUAGAGGUGGUGGCGUCCAGACGGCUGCUCGACAUGGCGGGAGUAAAGUGCAAACAGUUUGAGCCCAAAAGGACGGAGAUUGUCAUCAAUUUUAAUUCCAUCAACGACAACAAUCCUCAAAAACGGUGCCGUACCAGCUCACCUGUGGGGGGCGCUGCUGCUGCCGCUGCUUCUGCUGCUCAGUCAGACGGUGAGUAGUCAGAGAAGGGCACGAGCGGGACGAGACCUAAAAGAGAGACUUUUGAUGACUUUUGUCCAAACAGGGAAAACUCAAGUACAUGUGGACUUUUGGAUCCUGUUGGAUGUUUUCAUUUAAACGCUGGGUUUAAACUGUUUUUUGGCCGGGGGCGGGGUUUGUAAUGCUGCUAUUUAUCUUUUUAAACUAUUCUUUAGGUCAAGGGUCACUUUAAGUCUUUAUGUUCACUGUGUGUGUGUGUGUGUGUGUGUAUGAUGAUUGAUUUCAUCGUUCAUAUUCUGG